UCACAAUGUUCUUUUGAAAGACUUUCAAAUAAUUUUUAUCAAUUAUAAUUUGUAUAGAUUCGGGAAAAAACACAAAGGUAAGCAGCGACAAGCUAGAUCAUGAGACAGUUCUUAUUACUGAGGACUGGGCGAUGAAAUUUCUUCCCCAACGAUAUAGAGAGUCUCAGACCGAUUGGUUURCCAAGCGGGGUAUAUCCUGGCACAUUAGCGUCAUAGUGAGAAGAGUAAACAACGAAUUACAACAACAAGCAUUCGUUCACAUAGUAACAAACACCAGUCAAGAUAGUGAAACUGUCAUCCAGCUUAUCAAGCACACUUUGAUGCAGUUAAAAGAUGAACAUAAAGAAAUCAAAACAGCUUAUCUAAGACAGGACAAUGCAGCCUGCUACCACAACGCACCGUUACUGGCAUGCUGUCAUCUUUUGAAAGAAACAGGAAUCAAUGUAAAACAGGUCGACUUCAGUGACCCUCAAGGAGGGAAGGGCCCCUGUGACAGAAAGGCGGCCACUAUUAAAGCGCAUGUCCRUCGCUUCAUAAACGAAGGAAAUGACGUCAUCUCAGCUAGUGAUCUAGAAAAAGCGAUUUUAUCGUAUGGUGGCGUCAAUGGUGUACGUGUCAGUCUAGUAGACAUGGAACGAUUGCAACUGCAACCCUUGAAAUGGAAAGGCAUCAGUACUUUUAGCAAUUUCUCAUAUGAAGAUAACUCAUGUACAGUAUGGAAAGCUUACAAAAUAGGAACAGGACAAACCAUCCAAUAUUCUGACUUAGCAGUUCAUGCAAGG